GACGCACCAUAAGCUAGUGUCAAUUUAUACCAUACUCAUUCUAUUCAUGUGCCAAUCACAUCUACAGUAUACUGGAGCUGUACUGCUCCAGAUUACCAGUAUUCCUCUCCCCCUGUCCCCCAGCAGCAUGAUGGAUGAGCUGGUGCACGACCUGGUGUCAGCCCUGGAGCAGACCUCAGAGCAGACCAAGCUAGAGGAGCUCUGGGAGGAGAUGGUUCUGAGUCCUCUGCAACAGCGCAGGCAGAUCCGACGGCGCCGGGGACGUAAACGCCGCUGUGACUCCUCCCUCCACCCCUUGGAGCACAGCCGUUGCCUCAGUGAGGCCUCCGAGUCCAGCCUGGACGAAGCAGCCAAGGACUGCCGGGAGAAUGCUGCCCCGGCCCCCUCCGCCGCCAACUACAGUGACUCAGACGACAUGGUAAUGGCCAAGCGCUGGCCCUCCUGCUCCAGCAACAGCUACGCCAUCAAGACCAAGCAGCACUCCUGGCCUGAGUCAGACUCCUUCACAGAGAACACCCCGGGACGGCCACUCAGGAGGAGGCGGAAGGUCAAACGCAUGACCUCUGAUGUGACGGUCAGCCUGCAGCAGAAGUUGACGGUGUCAGGGGUGGAUGGCGAGCGGGGGGGAAACCACAGGUCAUCCAAAAAGCAGCGUCUGUCCAGGCUGAAGAAGGGCGCUGGAGGCUGGGUGGGAGUGGACAGGGAGGCUGAUGGAGUGGGCCUCAGGGCAGAGGAGUGCUGGAAGGAUAAGAUCCCAUUGGUCCUGGAGGCCAAGGAGCAACGAGAGGCUUCUGAUGAGAAUAUGUCUGAAGGUGAAACUAGCAGCAUAUGCAGCAGUGAUCCUGGCCUCUUCACUAACGACGAGGGAAGACAAGGUGAUGAUGAGCAGAGUGACUGGUUCUUUGAGGGGGAGUGUGGAGCGGGGGGGAUGGGCAUUCCCAGCCUGCUGCCCAGCUGGGACCCAGAUUCUCCUCCUGUCCUCGAAGUACCAGACUCAGCUCCACCCACCUUCCUACAGCCUGCACGGCCCACUCAGAGAGGUUACCAUGCCCGUCUGAACCGGUUGCCUGGCGUGGCUGCCCGCUGCAUCAGGAAAGGCCGGAGGAGGCUUCCCAGCAAGGACAACAGUAUGUCAGUGUCUAUGGAGAGAAUGAAGCAUUUCUCUCAGGACCCCUAUCAAUGGCUGCCUUCCAUUGGAAAAAGAGACCGGAGCCAGUUCAACCCUCUGUGUCCGUUACCUGUUUAUCCCAUUGACAUGGUGCCAGACAGCUCCCAUCGGAGAUGCUCCUCUUCCAUCUGCAAAACCAGACUAACGUCCAUCUGGGACUGCUGUGCACAGGGGACAUCAAAAGGAGGAGGAAGACCACUGCUGUCUCUGUCACCACAACAUCAGAACAGGGCUGUGGGCCUCCUGUCUGUCCUCCCAUGUGGAAGUGGUCUGACUGAGUCUGAGGGAAGCGUGAUGGGAAGCAGACCGUAUUGGAGGUGGCACCCUGCAGCAGCCCCCUUGUCCGUUUGGGCUCGUAGAGCUGCCUUUUUUCAUUAGACUGAUGGCUCCGGGCCUGGCGUCUUUACCGGAUUGAAAUUUGAAUUGGUUUGUCCACCUCUUCUCCAAAGUCCCCUCUUCCUGCUCCGCUCAUGCAGCCGCUGUUUGUCAUUUAAAUAACAAAUGCCGGUGGUUUCCUGAUUUAGUGAGGGGCGCUGGCCUUUGAUGUAUAUUGAUAUUGCCGCACAGUGCACUGUACCGGGGUCCAUCAUUCAUUUGGAUAAAAGAGGUGGAAUUUAAAACCAGCCAAUGCUUUACUGGGAUACAGAUUGCAUCCAUUUAUUGCACUGAGUGAUGGAACGGCCAACGACUCCGUCCUUCACCUCUCCAGCGCUCAGCCACUUCCCAUAAAACUAAAAAAAGAUUCAAAAAGAUUCACCCCUGGCCUUUAAAGACCCCUCAUAUUCUCCAUGUUAUUCACCAUGUAGAGGCAGGCAUGGGGAUCCCUCAACAUCCCCCCCAGGAGAGAUAUUCAGUUAACAUCACAACCAGCUGCUGGAGCUGAAACAUGGGGUUUAUGUUCAACAGAAGAAAAUAUUGUAAACAUAAAAGCCAAAUAAAAUCAUCAAAGGAUACAUUUCCCACUCAAUAUAAAGAAGUAAACUAGGUGCAAACAGGCAACUCGAUCCGGAAUGAAAAACGGAUUGCUCGUUCUCAAUAAAUAAUAACUAUUAUUAAGAGGCAGAUUUUUUAAAACUCUUAAUAGGCCUAAUGAAAGUUAUUAACAUAUUUUCACAACCUUUUUGAAGUUUAAUGCUUAAGUUUACAGUAUUUUCCUCCUCUCCCCAUGUCCCUGUACCAAGUUGUUUUUCCUGGUUCUGGAGUCUGAUGCCCCCUUACCAGAGUGAUUUAUCAUGCAGGGAAUGGUCAUCCAAUGGCAGUUUCUGCGGCUCCUACUGCUCUGUAUAAAUCUUUACUUUGGCGCCCUGCUACAGUAUUCCAUGCCUCUACUUGGUCAUACCACAGAAGCCAGGAGAUACACAUCGGCUCCUAAAUGAUUUAGCAGUUUAUUUGUAGAAAUAGUAAUAGAUAUUCUCAUUAUAGCUGGAAUGAACUAUUCUUCAUACACAUUUAUUUUCUUUCAUAGUUUAUCAUUCAAAUGCGUUUUUUUCCUUGAAUUUGCAAGAAUUCCUUUAGACAUACAUGUGUAGUUUGUCGGUCUUUUUCCCCCCAGUGUAGAAGAGUUUGGGAAGUGAGUUUCUUGUAUUGUGGUUGAUUUUAAACUCUGUAAUAAGUAGUGAACAUGGCCUGUAGCUGGAGGUGUCUCCCAGGGUUCCUAAGGGUAUUGCUGAGAUGGUACCCAGCUGUUGCUGUGUCCUCCAUCUUUACACGCUUAGCACUUACCAGCUCAAGUGUUGAAGCUGGCUGUGAAAGAACUUGUCAACCCAGGUAUCUGUUUGUAUAGGACGACCACUCCACUUGUCAGGCUCAAAUUGGCCAUUCAGUACACUUCUCACUACCAUCAAUCCAACAAUAGAAGAAGACCACAUCUUUCCAACAAAAACUGAACGGAAAAUGCAAAUACCUGGUUUCAAUGUGUGACCAAAGACAUCACAGGGAGUAGUUUGCUUAGGAUCCGUUCUACAGAACGUAAAAAAGUGUCAUUUUCACAUUAUGUAGACACUGGCCCUUUAAGCUGCAUACUGUGUUCAGAUCUCAACCUCAAUUCUAGAUUUAAGAAAGCGGAUCAUUGCGGGGGAGAUUUAUUGACGUUUUACUACAUACAUUUUGAAAAAGAAAAUUAAGAAAAGGUUUCAAUGUACACUAUUCCAAGAAAUAUACCUAUGUUGGGCAAGUUUCAUUUGGUUAAUCUACAUUCAGAGUAAAAGAGAAUUCAUUGUAUGCAUUGGCAGGGAUAAAUCAGUAAGUAUAAAGGUCCUGAUGGAUUUUAAUACCCUCUGCUUGUUUCACAUGCCGACUAAUUAAUUAUUCAAAUUUCCCCCUCCCCCACUGUAUUGCACAGUGCCCUUCAUUUGAAAUGAGGGACGAGGGCUGAUAAUAAGCACUAACUCACACACUCAUACAGUGCAUACAGCUAGUACAUGUAUCCUGACUGUGUACGUCGCAGUUUGAUUUGAAGUUGUAUUGUUUUCUAUCCAUUUUACAUCUGUGUAAAUGAUUGGUUUACUCAAACCAUUUAUUACAUAAUUUGCCGGCAACCAACAUUUGUGUAUAUCACCCUCCUUCAACCUUGGCAGCUGCUUGGCAUGUAACUUAGCAACUUUACAUUCUAUCAUGGGACCCAAGUGGAUGCCCAUGGUGGGUUCACCCCCCAACCUCCCUGUGUGGCGCCCACCUCCCUGCCUCUCCAUCUCUGUGUGUCUCCUUGGUGGAGCCGGAGCAGGGCUGUUGUGUGACAGAUCACCUGCGUCUGAGACCCUGCAUGUUCCUGCCCGCCGGUCCGGCCCCCUCUCAUUAAUGCCCAGGUUGGUGCGACGGCCGUAUGGCAGCACAAGACAAAUAACGCCACCACUCAGCCAUCACUUCUGCUGACAGAAAUGCAGCCCAGCGCACUAUUUCGCCCUCUACCGCUCCACUCUGCUCCCCUCAGUUACCCUGUCGUGUCCUUCAAAAACCCACCUGCCCCUGCCACUAGCACCGCUCUACCAAUGUUUCAGGGUAGAGUCGCUGGCUGCUGUGUGGGGGUGAAUAUGCAUGAGUCCUCACAGUUUGGUUACAGGUGUUUUGGUGGGGGACUUUUUCCUGUUGCUUCACAUGUAUCACAGAAAACAAAAUGUGAUCAUAUGGAUGAUUGUUUUCUUCAUUGAGCUGCCAUCCUUUACUGGUUCUACUAUGUUCAGUUCUGCAUUACAGGACUACACUGCACUAUUACAGAGUAGCUGGUUUGAACAGUCUGGUGCUAGUAGUGUUUAAGUGUUCCAGCCCUCUUCUGAGGGAUUUGAUUUGAAUGUCCUCCUGUGGUCCAGUGAAAUGGAUGGAGCCUGGAGUGUAUGGGAGAAACGCACAAAGGCUAAUGAUUAAAGGACCAUUCAGUGCUGUUCAUUUAACUGUGGGAAUCAGCAGACCCAUUACUGUCAAUGUGUAAUUAGCUGAUUAAUAAACAGGGGAGGGGAGGGGAGGGAAUGGCUCCAGGAAGUGCUGUAAUGAUUGUUUUUGAACAGCCUCACAUGAGAGGUUGUUAAGAUGCCAAGAUGGUUCCAUUCACUCCACCCAUUAUUGCACAAAACAAAUGCAUGUAAUUCUCACAUUGACUCAAAAUCUUUGCUUUGUAUCAUUUUUAUUGACCACCACAGUAUCUCAGUUGAAUGUGUCAUAUUAGAUGUUGUUAUCUAGGUAACAUAUUUCACAGUGUAUAUUUCAGGGGGACUGAGACAUUUAUUCAUGGGGGUCACUGAUUUGUUUUUAUUAAUGAAACAAACAAUACUGGGGAAAAAAUAUUGAUGAAAUAUCACUACUGAUAAAAGUUACAAUUAAAUACUAUUGUAUUCCGCAUGAUCAAUCUUUCAGUGGAUACACUGUCAUCUGUUCCCAAGGCAUUAUCAAAUAAGAAAAAAAAACGGAAUUUGUAUUCAUAACUUUGACCGUGUUUAACCUGAGAUGUCCAAGUGUUUGGGCUCAACCACAGCAACAGUUAGUCAUCAUUCCCUCCAGAAAUAUUAAUCAAUUAUCUAGCCCGCCGGAUGAGUUUGGGGAAGAAGUCAUCUGGAAAGAGGCACAAGCAGAUAUAAUGGGAAAGAGCAAAAGCACAUGCCAGUGAAUGCUGUAAUGCCUAAUCCUUUGAGACAACCCAGAGCCACAAUGUCACUUCUAGUUCCUGUGUCCUCUGCUCCUACUCUGCCUCACAAAAAGUCUGUGUGACUGGAGAGACCAACACAGAUUGAUUUAUUAACGAAAAGUAGGAAAGGAGAGCAGAUAUUAGAAAGUGCAAUUGUUUUAGAGUUCUUUUUACUUCAGUGUAAAUUGGCUCGAGAAGUGUUUCAGGUAUUUCCCCUCCCUCCAACUCUUUGAGCCUAUUGAGACAGAAUGGCUAAAAAAGUGAGGAGGAUGAAGAUGGUGAGAAUGAAGUUGUUUUGAGUCAAGAUUUUCAGUAAAAUGGUACUACAUAACAGCCACACAAUGUCUCACUGAAGUAGAUCAUGUUCAAAGGGAGAGUUUUAGUCAUAGGAGAAUCAGAUUGCCCUUCUAACAACCGUGGCCACUAGGCAUAUGAGGCCAAAUAGGAUUGAGAUCGCUUGAACAAUACAUAAUUAACUAUUAGGCCAUAUGAUAACUGUAGAUUUAUAGUGAUAAUGCAUUAAUGUAGAUAAAAUGAAGAGCCGUCUUUGAGUUCUAAAAUCAAGACAAGUUAACAUUUAUUU